GUGUGUUGAGUGUAUCGAAAGGGAUUGAGACGAUCACAAUGGAAACGAAACAACACGAUACCGAAAGCAUAAUUCCUCUAUCUAAAGGUAUAUACUAAGUUUUGGUAAUGUUGUGGUUGCUUUAUGCCUUUAAACUAUUUUAAGUCACCGUUCGUGUAUUCCGGUAUGAUUUAAUCAUGCAUGUCUUGUUCAGUCGUAGUGGCCGCUUAAAAUUUGCACUGUUUAAUCAACAUGGCAACUGAACAAGCUUAGCAAAUUGAUGCUGACAUUGUUGCUUAUUGACAGUAUUGACACUAUUCUUUUACCUCUUGGUAAUGAUUAAAACACAACAAGUAUAAUAUAGUGAUAAUUUUAAACAGUAAUCGUAAAUUGUAUAUAAUUGCAAACUAUAUUUACAUAUCACAAUAAAUAUUACUAUAGUGAUAAGUAAUGCUUUGAUUUUAGUGUGUUAAAUUGUACUGUACGUAUAUACAUGCACUCAAGGUGGAUCCCAAAUUUUUGCGAGGUGCCCUAAGUUUCGCCACGUUUAACAGAUUAAUUCCCACAAAGGCAUCGGAACGAACGACCAUUCCCGUUACUCUGCAGACCGAGCCUGCAUGGGUUUCACCUAUACUGCUAUAGGUAUCCAGGCCAUUUGACUUCUGAUAUCUUGUAUUUUACUAUAUAAAUAUACAGUUCAAAAUAUCGGUAUAAAAGUACUGAUCCCACUUUUAUCCAAGUAGACAAGCCAUUCAGGCAGACAGAGGUAUGUUGGGUGAGUAUAUAUAUAUCGAGCUCAGCAUAUAAUCGAGUAUAUUAGCCUAGUUUAAUUAAUAUCCUGCAGGGUCUAUAAUUGCGACGUCAUAAUUAGAGAUCUUAGGAGUUUCUACUUAUUGGGGACAAUACCCGGCAAAAAUGUUAAAUAACUUCAUAGCUAUAGAUGCCAGGGCCGAAAGACAGACCCAGACCGGCGAUCAAAUCUCACCACGCUGUAGUUUCAGAAGCUCUGAUACGACACUAAGUAAUGUUGUUACUGCAUGUAGACCUCUAAACGCGAUCUUUAGUUAUUCUAAUGUAUUUUUAUCAAUGGUUUCCUUGCCGGUGUUAUCGCGUGUAAUUUUACUUAGUUAUGGUCAAAACUAACCGAGCAUUGAAAACAACAUAAAAGAGCUGUUGAAUAUAAUGAUAAGAAUUCCAAGAUAGCCCAACACGUUGAGCAAUAUAACCUUAGUAAGGACUGCUUUGAAAACGCCGAAUUAGUAGUAGUAGAGCAAACGAUUGUUCCUUGAGCGGGCUUGGUAUUCCCAAGUGGACAAAAGUUCUGGAAAUGACCAUAUAUUGACAUUCCAGACGUUUAUGGGUUUCUGAUGCAUCUAAAUUAAUAACUAACGGACUGUAUAUAAAGUAAAGGCCUGUUUAUUGGCUUCUUAGUUUUUAAGAUCGGAAAUUUCUGAUCCGACGUCUUGUAAAACUUUUUAUAAACUUGAUUACGUUUUUUAUAUACCUGGUGACAAGAAUCAAACUUUUAAUCUUUUAAUAUAAAUCCUAACUGCAAUUUUAGUAUUUUUCGUCAUGUAUAUGUAUAUGUAUAUGUAUAUGUAUAUAUAUAUAUAUAUAUAUAUAUAUAUAUAUAUAUAUAUAUAUAUAUAUAUAUAUAUAUAUAUAUAUAUAAAUAUAUAUAUAUAUAUAUAUAUAUAUAUAUAUAUAUAUAUACGACAUGCAAGAACGCCAUUCAACCUAAUACGCAUGAUCUCUGCAUGUCACAGAUUUAAAUCAGCGCAAAGGCCUAUACUGGCUAUAGGCAAUUGUGCCCCAAGCUCACUACCAGCAACUGCGGACAGCUGUUUGAAUGGCGUUCUUGUCGUAUAUAUAAUUUAUGUGUCCCAUAUCCAUCAUCUCAUUGUUGGUUGUAUAAAUACUUUUCGGAUGAAAAGCUCACUAUCAGCUACACUGCUCUGACGAGCACCAAAAGGGCAAAACAGCUGUCCGCAGUUGCUGGUAGUGAGCUUGGAGCACAAUUGCCUAUAGGCCUUUGCGCUGAUUUAAAUCUGUGACAUGCAGAGAUCUUGCGUAUUAGGUUGAAUGGCGAUCUUGUCGUAUAUAUAAUUUAUGUGCCCCACAUCCAUCAUCUCAUUGUUGCCCCACAUCCAUCAUCCUCAUCUCAUUGUUGCCCCACAUCCAUCAUCCUCAUCUCAUCAUCUCAUAUAGUAUAUAUAUAUAUAUAUAUAUAUAUAUAUAUAUAUAUAUAUAUAUAUAUAUAUAUAUAUAUAUAUAUAUAUAUAUAUAUAUAUAUAUAUAUUAUUGAUUCAACGGAGAAUUGAACUGACGACCACGCGCUUCAGUUCUGCGAUGGCAAUGCUUUUUAGCAUCGCCCUCAACUUAGCUCAAGUUAACUGAGUUAAGUUAAAUUUCAAUCUGUUUACGGUUAUUAACAUUAUACUGUAGACGUAACUGCAUGGGGCGACUUGGCGCUUUUAUUGUGUAGGGACGCCUAGAAGGGGAGGGGGGGGAGAAGGCAAUUUUCUCCGGGACCCGGGUAAGGUCUCCCCAAACAAAAACUAUAAAGUGAAAUAUGCAUAGAUAUAUAACUGUCAAAUAGUCUCCUUUAAAAUGUAGGUCCUGUCGCACUUCUAUUUUUCUCCGGGAGACCAUGCCCCGGCUAACGUAUCUAGUAUAUGCGGUAUAUAUAUAUAUAUAUAUAUAUAUAUAUAUAUAUAUAUAUAUAUAUAUAUAUAUAUAUAUAUAUAUAUAUAUAUAUAUAUAUAUAUAUGUAUAUAGACCCAGCCGCGGCAGGAAAUAUCUUUCCGCUUGCGCGCUGUCUGGAAAUUAUGAAAUACACACUCGAGAACGUUAAUUUUUCAACUUAUCAUAUUACGGAGUGAACAAUAACACAACAUAACAUAAUACAUACAUAUCUACAUACACACACAAAUAAAUAUAUAUAUAUAAUAUAUAUAUGAGCCCAGGCCAAAAUAUCAAUUUAGGUAUAUAUAUAUAUAUAUGAGCCCAGGCCAAAAUAUCAAUUUAGGGACCCUCAUGUUCGUCGCAUAUACUAGAUACGUUAGCCGCAUAUACUAAAUACGUUAGCCAGGGCAUUGUCUCCCGGUGAAAAAUAGAAGUGCGACAGGACCUACAUUUUAAAGGAGACUAUUUGACAGUUAUAUAUCUAUGCAUAUUUCACUUUAUAGUUUUUAUUUGGGGAGACCUUACCCGCGUCCCGGAGAAAAUUGCCUUCUCCCCCCCCCCCUCCCCCCUCCCCUUUUAGGCGCCCCUACACAAUAAAAGCGCCAAGUCGCCCCAUGCAGUUACAUCUACAGUAUAAUGUUAAUAACCGUAAACAGAUUGAAAUUUAACUUAACUCAGUUAACUUGAGCUAAGUUGAGGGCGAUGCUAAAAAGCAUUGCCAUCGCAGAACUGAAGCGCGUGGUCGUGAGUUCAAUUCUCCGUUGAAUCAGUAAUAAAGAUAUGUAAAGAUGACAUGACGCGAAUAUUUUGUUAUUUCGUAAUUAUGAAAAAGCAAUGAAAACCUCCUCAGUUUUUCCUUUUCGUUCAAUAUCAGCUUCAUUAAGAUUCCAAUGAGCUGUCGGUCAAUUUUCCAAUAUCGUAAAUCACUCGACAAUUUCCGGAUAUGAUGUCAUUAUAGUUGAAUUGCAAAUUAGUUUUCCUUAUUCUUUUGUACCAAAAAUUCACCUAAUGACGUUUUAUGCGGAAACUUUGACACAAAAAUCAUAUUUGUGGUUAGUCGCACAUUAACAUUGUAUUUCUAUACUCAUGCAAUUGCAUGGACUUCGUGAGCUGACUGACGUCUUAGCGGGUCGUCUUAGGUGAAUGCGGAAUAAUUGUAACAUUAGGCCUAUAAUCAUAAUCUUGUAAAAAGGUUUCGAAGUUAUUUUAUCAAUUUUGUACGAUUUCAUUUUCUUAUAUUAGUUAUCUCUACGACUUCAACAAGACGUAAUUCAAUCAUACAAUCCAUCCCAGAUUUGCAAUCAUCGCAGGCAAAGACGACGUCAAAAUGGACAAUUGUUGCACAGCAGCUUAAGGUGGGCAAACACAGAGUCCUGCAUGAAUGGAUACUCACUGGCUGAUAACACUCAAAGAGUACGCGAAAGAAAAAUGCUCAAAAUAUGCAGGGUGUAUAAAAAAAGUAGACAAUUUUGAAACGGCUCUCAAUUUCACAAAUCCGUUCAUUUUUGUUAUUUUGUACCUUUUUACAAUAAUAAAUUAAAUAUGAUUAAAUGUUAAUUUAAAAAAAACUGUUAUCUGUAGAUUGGGUUAGUGAUAUUUCAUAACAAGCGGCAGCUUUAUUUUCAAGAAUUAAGUACUGUUUAAUAAACGAGCAGGAGUGUUUUAUUAGGUCAGUUUAAAGCCACGAGCGCGCAGCGCGAGUGGCUUUAGACCUAAUAAAACACGACCUGCGAGUUUUGUUAAACGGCUUCAAACACGACUACAAAUUCAAUAGAUAUACUGUCCUAUUAGUAUUCUUCAUAUAAAGAAUACUAAUGGAACACGACUACAAUAGAUACUGCCUUAUUAGUAUUCUUUAUAUAAAGAAUACUAAUUAGGAGUGUUUUAUCAUGUUUAAAGCCACUGCACGUGACAUAUUAUGGUUGAUAUUGUGCGACAACUCAUUGUUUGUCUAUACGUAGUUUAAUGUGUUUUAUUAAAAAUGUAAUGAAAAAUAAAACAAUUAUUUAUUAUUCGGCAUUCGUGAUAUCCAGAAUUAUCAUUCAAGCUCACGGUAACUAUACAGUGUGUAUCAAAAAAAGGUAAUCGAAUUCGAAAUUCAGCGCGUUAUUGUUCGUGAAUUAGUUGGCGUAUGAACAUUUUUUUUUCAUAAUCCGAAAGAUAGCUAUUGAAUGACAUGCUAUUCAUGACUAUUCAUGCCAAGUGGAGAAAAAAUUAGCUCCGAUAAAAAAUGUUAGUCAUGCAGAAUCGCAUAUUUUCCCCUCUGUGCCUAAUUAAAGCAGUGCAUAACAAAAGAAAAAAGCAAUUAAUCACGAACUUGUCGUAGUUUAGCUAAGAUUUAUUCGUACUUAAUAAUAAUUAUGACCAUGUGCGUAGGUAUUCGGAAGUGAAUUUUAACCAACUUAAUUAUGUCCAAAGGGGGUUAAUUUAAAAUGGUUUUAGACCCAACACUCAACGGUGAAAAUAUGCGAUUCUGACUAACAUUUUUUAUCGGAUUCGUAUUUGCUCAUUUUUUUUUCAUUUGGCAUCAAGAACAUAUCAUUCAACAGCUAUAGUCAAAAGCCCGAUCUUUCCGAAUAUGAAAAAAUCUCGUUCAUACGCAGAGUAAUUCAGAUACAAUAGCGCACUGACGUUCUAUUACCUUUUUUAUAUAUAACCUGUAGCCUAUAGUUUAUCAGUAUAGUGUAUCAUUAAUUGUCAUUUCCGAUACCUCGACCUUGAUAUUCCAAUAAUCAGUAACUGUUUUAUUAUUAAUGGUUUUAUUUAGGACACCAAAAGAACGAAAGACGGAAGAAAACGUCGAAAUAGUAGUACAGUUUUAGCGACUUCACUGGAUGGCAGACGUAAAAAGAAUGAUCUAGUGGAUAAAUUUGUUGAAAAUUUAAAAAAAUCUGUCAAUAAGAGUAAUAAAACAGAACUUUCAGAAGAUGCGGAACAGGAAAACUCAGUGCAGUAUGAUAAAAGUGAUUGUCUUGGACUGUCGCGCUUCAAAAGCUACAGAAAUUUGCUUCGAUUUUCCGCCGUGAGAAGAAAAGAUCCGAAGGUGAGGGUCAUAUUCUCGAAACCUGUCCUGCAUGGAUUCUUCUAUUUAUUAUAAGUGAAAAAAUCUUACAAAAAACAUAUACAGAAAAUAAACAACAAAUACAUCCUGUGGUGUAGGAAAAGUAGGUAGAGAAGUUGAGCAAGAGAACGAAUAACGUCCAUGCGUGAAGACAAUUUUUGCCCAUCUGCACGAUACCUGACAUGUACUUACCUGAUAUGUACUAAGUUUGGGGUAAGUGGUGGUUGUUCAACGACCGUGGGAUAUAGAUUUCUUGCACGUCUACCUGUUCAUGAAUGCUGUUCCUAAUCCGUACCCUCAUGACCCUGUCCCUGACCAAGACAAUGAACGGCGGAGAUUGAUGAAUGCACGUCCCGUUUUCGUUCUUCUGCCUUUGUUCAGAACGACUAUUUUGGCAAAAUUCGUCGUGAACUUGACUUCGUCUCGAUAUUCCCCGAUAAUCACCGAGCCUGAGGCGAAUAUAAUUGUUAAAUAUCACGUCAAAUUUUACCAAUCACCGCGUCGGAUUUCUUAUAUUCACUCGUGUAUAAAUACUAAUGUUUCUUAUAAGUAAACAGUCCCUAUCACAGUGUUUAAUAGCACAGUACUAGCUACCAUGCAACAGUACCUAUAUAUAAGCUAUAAACCGGUAUAAUGAUCGACGCAACUUGUUGAACCUUUUAUUUAUUUAUCGACUUGUAUCACGUUGUCGGAAUAGAAACCCAAGCUUCCAAUAUGUGCUACUCUGACAUUUCGAGGUUUGCGGAUCCACGUCUCAAAAAUACAGUUCGGGUUCAGUUAAUUAACCGGGUAAACCUUUCGAAUAACUGAAACGACCAUUUCGAAUAGCUGAAACGACCCUUUUGAAUAGCUGAAACGACCUAUUUGAAUAGCUGAAAGGAUCCUUUUGAAUAGCUGAAAGUGGCUGAUACGACCCUUUGGAAUAGCUGAAACGACCCUUUCGAUGGGUAACGUUGCUACCCUUUGAGGAGUUAAAACUACCCUCUGAAAAGGGUAAAAUCUACCCUUUCGAAGAGUAAGCACCGAAGGGACUGAAACGACCCUUUUGAAAGGGUAGUCCUGGGGUAAAAAAAAACAAUCCUUUCAAGGGGUCAAAACUACUCUUUUGAAUUUACAGUGUAGUGAGCAGUUUCAGUUAAAGCAAAUUCGAGUUAACCGGAGUAAAUUACUGUAACAAUUGAGUCAAAUCCAGGGGAAAUUAGAGUUUGUUCGAAUUUGCAGGGAGUUCGAGUUAAGGGAGUUCGAGUUAACAUGUUGUACUGCAUGUAAAACUAUAUAAUAGUAAUAACACAGAAACAAAUAUGCUACUACAUUUUGAUGUGGGAUUGAUGACGUCCAAACUAAUGACAUUGUCGAUGUUUCAGAUGAGACCGUUAGAGAGAUUUAGACGUAUCGCCCAUCUGGUCAAGCUACUCGUGAGAGUAAAAUUGCUGUAUCAAAGGUAAUCAUUAAUUAUAUAGUUAUUGAAUUUGAUGUAAAAUUGUCAGAAAAGAAAAGAAAGUAGUUUAUUUAUGAUUAUAUUUGUGAACCGCAAAUCUUAGUGACAAGAUGUGAUAGUUAACGUUAUUUUAUAAUGCAUCUUCCUGCUGAAAAACCAAGACCAGAUGUAUAACUGAAACAUUACUAUUUAGAUUCUGUUGUAAAUGUUCGUCGGUGGCAGUUGCUGUUGAAGAAAUGAUUGAAGACAAAAUUGAUAAUGCAAAAGUUAAAUCUGUUUUUGAUCCUCUUGAUUUUAAAGCUCUAAAAGAGGUACAGUUGUAUACUAUACUAUCACGCUUCUUCAGAAGACGUCGACAAAACCGAGCCUUCAGUCUUUAAUUUCUGCUUUGAAAUUAAUCCAGAAUUAGGCUUUACGAUAUAAAAUCGGCGCAUAAUAUAAAAUGCAAAUUGGACAAUUUCUAAAAACACUACAUUCCGUAAUUAUACAACUUAAUUUUCUCUUCCAUUUAAUAGGUUCCAUUAAGUCAAGAAGCUAUACAUCUGCUCUCACUAAAUCCUCCAAGUCGCACAAACGAGCAAAUUCAAACGGUAAUAUUGGAUUGGAUUACAUUUGUCUUAUUAACGUCUCAUAUAGAUUUAGGUCACAUUUGAAUACAGACGUUCACCUCCUCCGUUGCCUAGUAACUUCGAGUUCUUCUUCAUUUCCUGUUGCUUCCUCCACGUUGGCAGCCGAUAAGAUUAAACGAUGGAUUGAGUACGAACUGAGUAUUCAAAGUCAAGUUCCCCUUGUGGCCUGCCUCGUCCCCGGGCGCUAUAUUUUAUAGGUUUACAUGAAGUAAUUUAAAGGAGGAAAUACACGAAGAGUUCACUUGGAUAGAUCCUGGUGAUGGGGUAUAAUACUUAAUUUAAAUUUGUUUGCUGUUGUGUAUAUAGGCAAUGAUGGCUGUAAAGACAAGUGUCCCUGCUUUUAACGAGUAUCCGUUAAAAAUGCAAAAACAACUGAUUUCAGUUUGCUGGUAUGAAAGGUGAGGCAAAUGCGAGCUCUUGCUAUGAAAUCCUAUUUUUUAUCUUUUUUUUGUUGUUAAUGGCGACUGACGAUGACGAUGACAAUAAGGAAGUCGUCGACGACGUCGUGUUCGUGGUCGACGGCGUCGUCACCGCCGCCGUUUCAUACCUUUUCCUCUUUUUAUCGUUUCCUUUCUACUCUUUGCUCUCCGUUAUCUUAUUAUUAUCUGUCAUCUCUCUUUCUUUUCAAAACUCCGUAUGUGGCGCAGUUUGUACUUUGAAUAAACGCCUGUUUUGAUUGGCUGAGUAUACAAUAUUUCUUUCUAUUCCCGUUUCUUGAAAACGUUCGAGAUCUAAAUAAGCUCAACUUUCUAUAACCUAUCACAUCCGCUCCAAAGUCCUUAGUUGAAUCUUCAUUCUGUCGAAUUGUUACUAGCUGUUUACAUUUUGUUAAUACGACAAUUCAACGCAUUUCCUUUUUUAUUCUUCCCUUUCUACAUCUUCUUUUCUUCCCCUUUCAUUUUCCUUUUAUCUUUUCACUUCGUUCUUCCAACAUCCUGUUUCUUCUUAUUAUUCCCCUUUAAUCCUGCCCUUUAUUACUCCUUGUUCUCUUGAUUUUUCCCCUCUACUUGAAUUCCGUUCUUACUUCCUGCUUCUUAUUUCCUUUCUCUGCUUCUUUUUUACUUGGGGCUUAAAGAAUUUACAUUUAAUAAAUUUUCGAUAUAAACGAUAUGCUUUAAAUAAACUUUUUGAUGUAAAUACCUUAGUGGUCUUUGGGAAAUUGGUCUGAUGUUAUUGUUAAUUUCUCUAUUUCUUAGAUUUGAAGGUGGGCGCAUCAUAAUCCGUCAAGGGCAUCAAGCAGAGUGUUUUUACUUUAUUCUCUCGGGGAUUGGUGAGUUUGUACAUAUUAUAUGGCAUUUAAGAAAGGUGAAGUCAUUCAGUAGAUUUUCACUAGCUGGACAAAAAAGCUUACCUUAUCGUUAUAUAAGACGUAUUUUACCACAAUAAUGCUGUCUAACAUUGCAUAUCUUACUCUAUCAAAAUAAUUGACAAGGUUGAUGUUGAAGUUUAUAUUUUUGCUAUUAAUAUGAGUAUAAUGAAAAUAUACAGCAUUAAUGAAUAUUAUUACAAGUUUGAGUAAACAAGAACCUGCAGCAUAAAUAAUGAAUGAGCUACUUCUGAAUCACCUAAGGUAUUAAAUAUAAACGAUGUAAAAAUUUUAACUUUAAAACGUACUAAAGAUAAAUUAUAAAAAAUCUCAAAAACUGGUGAGACCCUGUAGAGGUUAGGGAACUCUAGAUCACCAGUGGUUAAUACUUAUUAUAGGAAGCAAUUUAUUUGCCUGCAAGUAUCGUUAUAGAUAGUGCAGCAUUUAAUUCUACAACUGAAUGAAACCGUCCAUAUAAACUGGGUGUUUUAUUCUGCCCAAAGUUCGAGCUGGAACAUGGGAUAAUAAUUGCAUAGUUCGCAAUCAAUGAGAAGAUAAUUAGCCAUAUUCUGUACAAAAAUAUGUCCAAGAAGUGUACACAUUUAACUUAUGAAUUAAAUAACAAAAGUGCAGAACAUUUUAAACUGGCGUAUAACCAUCAGGUCAUGCAGAAACAAGUUUUCUAUUUCUGAUUUUGUAGAUGCUUAAAACCCUUACUUUACGACAGGCAAUGUGCUCUAUAUAGAUAUUGAUAUUUUACUAUUUCCUAGUUCUCAUCAAUAAGGCGUUCAACUUAAAGCAAGAUGGUAAAGAGAAAACGAGAAGAGUUGCUCGCCUCGGAAAAGGAAGCAGCUUUGGGGUAACUGAAUGAAUUGUAGUAGUGAGAUUAGAAUUUAAAACUUCAACGACGACCAAUUAAACAGGUGAGAUUAAUUAUUGUGUAAAUAGUUAAUCACUAAUGUGUUGUAUUCUUGAAGGAACUGGCCUUGUUGCAUCAUCGUUGUAGAAAUGCGACCGUGGUUUGUAAGGAUGAUGUAUCAUUGCUGGCCGUUGGACGAAAGGUAUAUAAAUUACAACUUUUAUCGUACGGCCUUGUAUUGCUUGCUAAAUUAAUCUCCAUUCACUAGUCCUCGUACGACUAAGUAGCUUGCUGCCACCCUUUUUAUCUUAAAGCCCGGAUCAAACGAGUACAAGAGUUGUAUGAGAAUUGGUGAGAGUUGAUUGAAUACUACCGGGGAAAAUACUGUACAAUGAUAGAUACUUAAUGUUCAACAUAUCUAGUCAAAUUUAGCAUGAAACGACUCGGUGGUUUAAUUCAAUAAAAAAACGCGUAAUGAAAAUCAGAACGUGGUCCUUCGAACCGGAUUAUUUUUAUUCCUGCAAUAUUUUCUUUCUUGCAGGAUUUUUGUGAUAUAUUUAUGAGUGAUGGCAGAGGAAAGGAACCAGAACACAUAUGUUAUCUCAAGUAAGGCGUGUUGUCAAUUAAAAUAAUAUAAUUUAUUUAAUUUGUCUGUAUUAUAAAAAACAUGAUAGCAUAAACUUCUGUUGGCCUAUUUCGUUGUUGCGUAUUCAACUCUUUUGAGAAAUAUCAUCUGUAAUAAUGAUAUUGGAUUGAACACAUAUUAUUAACAUUUCGAAAGGAUAUCUAUUCAAGCAACUGGUUCAGAAAGAGCAAAUAUAAGAAGAAUUCAAACUUUAUUUCCUGUAUUCUCGUAAGCCUCUAGAGGAAAGUCACAUUUAUUUCUCCCGCAUUCUUGCAUUGCUACAACGAACAGCGCGCACGCUAAAUAUUGAGCCACACACAUAAUUUUUAUGUUUGUUGGCUGCAUAUUUUUUUGGUUCUUGAUUGUUGUUAUAAGUUUCCGAGUCAGUGCAGUCAUCUGUAGAUUGGAUAAAUUGAAUUAUUAUUGCAUACUAUUUAAAAUCUAUGUAACCUUUUCAAUUGUACAUGUAUUUUUUAAGAAAUACUAUUUCAUAAAUUAAUUAUUUUGUCUUCAUAGAUCAAUUUCCUAUCUAAAAGAUCUUCCAUUGAACGACCUUAUUGCACAAAAAGAUGCCUGUUUAUUUCACUAUUUCAGGUAACUUUUUACAAGUUGGGCAUUUGAUUUAAAAUUUGGCCACCUCAGUGUUUUGUAUCCGAUGUCUUACAACAUUGCAUGACUCAAAUGUCUCAUCUAUAAUUAAUUCUAUAUGACAGCAUGCAUUGAAUGGAUCUAAAACUAAAAAAGUUUUGAAAAAAUAAUUGCUAUCAGUUAUACAUCAGUAAAUAUCUAUACAUCAGUAAAUAUCUAAUAUUGUGAAAUCGGUGUCAAAUUCUAAAUAUACAUGACCAAAUUCGUCCACAUUUUAACAUUUACCUGUUGACAAGCAGCACAAGCAUUCUAAUUAACUUUUCCCGAUUACAUUUUAUACCAUGUUCUCUUGCUCGGUACUUUCAACCAAGCCCGCCGGGUUGAUUAUAAAAGAGAUCAUCACAAAGCCAUGCAAACAGAUCAUGUGAUCAGUUGAUUAACAAUGAAACAUUAUAAAACCAAAAGAGAUUUAAAAGAACAUGUGCACAAACACUGAUCAUUCUGUUUACGGAAGCCAAACACAACACAAGUUCAUUUUAACAACAUUGUAUUAAACGCAAGAACGUAGUUAUUUCAUUGACGCCAACCAAGUUUAGUCGACAAGGUAUUGAAUUUUGGUUCGUUUGUGGGAUUACAUAUUUUGACAGAUAUAAUUUUAAAUUUUAAUUCUAAACGAGGUUUAGUUAUGGUCAACAAUAGCGAAACAGAUUGGAUUUACGUUGCUAAAACGGUAAGUUCUUUAGUUAUAUUAUUUCUUUGCAUAGACAAUAUUUUUCAGAAUAUAAUUAUACAUGCAGAUACCUCAUUUUUAUUAUUACGAAAACAAAUACAUAUUCUUCAAGAGUGUUAUGACUAUAUUUUGGUAGGCUCCAAUUAUAAUUAUGUCAUUGACACCUAAAAAUUUUUUUAGUUUAAGAUUUACAAUGUGACCACGAAAUCUGACCAGGAACAUUCAGUUAGCCCAAUUUCUAGGUUAACCAGGAAAUUUUAAUCUGUUUGAGUCUCAGUGGCCAAUUCAAAAUGUUGGACAUGACAUAUUGUCAAAUAGACGACUACUUUUUUGAAAAACAGAACCCGUGGUCGGUCUUAUAACCAGUCAGAUCUCGUUGUUCGUUUGUUAGAUCGUGCGUAGAGUAUACGCUUCACCAGUUUGGUCGAAUUUGACAACUGAUUUAUCCGGCCUUGAGCUAUUUAGGAUAAAUGACUCUUGUGCAUGCACAGUUCAUUAACAAAGUCUGAAGUAUAGCCUAUCAAUUAACCAACUUGAUCACUUUUUGAACUUUAAUUACUUUGAUGCUGGUCAUCAGAAUUGACAAAAUUAAUUAGCUACUCAGUUUUACGAUGGCCAUUCAACUAGAUAUAUGUUCUAUUUAGUCCAAUGAGCGCCAUAGGAGGGGAAGCAUGCAGGGGAUAGACCUUUUGAGGGUUUCAUUUCUUGCCAUGACGAUAUGUGAGCAUGCUAAAUUCGCAAACGACUAUAUAAGGCGAAGUGUCUGCCAAUAAUACAGAAAAUAAUGAAAUAUUUAUAACAUUACCUUGUGUUUAUUAGGGAUCAUUUAGAGUAUUGACAAAGAUAUUAAAACGAAAACUGGAAAUACGGCAACCGAACAAUCACAUACCUUGGUCUUUAACAACAGAUUUUCCACUUAUUUCAAUGAAUGAAGCGGAACGAAUGAGAACCAUCAGUAGAGGUGCAGUAUGAUAAACAUUGGUCAUCCUGAAGGUUAAUGAGGUUAUUCAUUUGGUGCGUCCGUUGCCACAAAGUUCGCUUACAUCUUCCAAAAUGCGUGCGUCGCUCACAGCAACAGGUCUCUUGGUAGACAACCUCUGUUUGUUCUAUUUCAUGCAGACAUUUUUAAAAAAGUCUGUUGUAACUUAUUGUGUGAGUUUGAUCCAAAAAUGUGAAUUGUUUGCAAUUAGGGCAUUUGAUAACAUGCUGAUAAGUCUUUUAUAUAUACUAGUGCUAAUGUAAAACAAAUUCAAAAUUACCAAAUAAGAUACCUGGCCAUUCUUUAUAGCUUGUUGAGAUAUUGAACAAUUAUUUUUGAUAUCCAAAUUACCCAUUACUGGUACGUACAUUGCAUAUUGUCACUCGUAAAUCAAGAUUUUGGGAUAUCGUGCGUCGUAAUCAUAAAAUCCUGCAGAUGCGUUCUGCCAACAUAUUACAAUUAUAUGUCACAGUUCGACGAAUUUGAAUCAAUUAUCUAUAUAAAAGUUAUAAAAGUUUUUUUCAGUACGACGUUGUCCAACUUGACGUCAUAAUGAGGAUCAUUUGCGUAUGAAACAUUAUUAAAUAUCCCAAGAAAGAAACAAUCUGAAAUAGUACGUUUGGCAUUACUAUAUAUAGUCAUUUUGUAUUUUCUUUACAAUGGAAACAUAAAACUAUGGUGUGAAAAUUCGUUGCAUAUAUAAGCACCAAACGUUGCGAUACUCUGGUCCUUGUGCCUUCGUAAUAAUAAUAUAAUAAUUUAUUCAUUUAAAGAAAGCGCAUAUGUUUAUAUUAAAUACACAAAGCGCUGUAUUUAAAAUUAAUUAUUAGGGGUGAUAAUUAAUUUAACAAUUGGGGGUGAUCUGCAGGCGUGAUUCGUUAUGUGUAAGUUACAUCAUCGCUGCAAUGUUGGAUGAUUUUGACAAAGUAUUUCCCUUUUAAAUUAAUCCUCUUUGUAUUUUAAUUAAAUCCAUCGAGAAUAGUUGCAGAAUAUCAAUAUUAGAGGGUUGAAAUCAUUGGUUAAUAAGGUGGAGAUACUCUUGUGGUAGAUAGCUGCUGUUGUUUCUAAUUUUUCGGAUGGAUGGCAAACAAUUUUGACUCAAGACAUUGAGCAAGAUAAUGCACCAACAGUACUCACAAUAUUUAGUAAAAUUACUCAAAUUUAUGGGCAAGCUAACUCACUUUUUUGAGUAAAUUAAUCUUAAUUACUGUCGAUGCAAUAGAAGUGUUGAUAAAAUAUUGGGCCAAUUCCUUUCCUCAAGUGAUCAAUUGAUUUGAUAGAAAAUUGAUCAACUUCCUGUUUACUGGCAUGCUUGUUUCCAAUUGGUCAAUCAGUCACUGAAACGUAAAGCCAUUGGUUGAUUCAAACACACAGGAAGUUGAUCAAUUUUUCAACGAAUUAAUUGAUCAGUUCUAAGUAAUGAAUUGAUGCAAUAUUUUAUCAAGACUUCCAUUGCAACGACAGUAAAUCAAAUUAACGUUGAGUAUUGAAACUUUACUCAAAAAGUUGAGUAAAUUUGCUCAUAAAUUUGAUAGGAGUAAUUUUAUUCAAUAUUGUGAAGCAAAGUGGGUGCAUUAUUUUACUCAAAUGUUUUAGUCAAAGACUCAUUCUGCAGUGUAUUGUGUCGAGUAUUCGAGGUAAUGCUCCGCGUGAUCACUGACGUGCGUAGAGACAAAGUGGAAGUUAAUAUUAAAAUUGGAACGAGAACAAGGUGCAUGCCCUCGUAUCAGCUAGAGAUUGGGGAUAAAAGGAGCAGCUUAAUCCACCGAUCCGUUAAAAUUUUGCAGAACUGAUUUGACUCGUAUAUAUCGUUGAAUCUCGAGUAUCACGUUGCCAAAAUUAAUAUAACAAGAACUGCGGCAAUCUUUUAGUCGUUGUUUCCAUGUAAUAAUAAUAAGUAAUAAUUCUGUAUCUUCCUAUGAUUUCUUUUCUCGUUACAGAAUACCGCUCAAGACCAAAAGCAGGACUACCACCUCUUACUUCGAGAACAACGUCGACUGUGGAAGCGCGGAUUAAAAAGUCCCAAAAUCAACAACCCCCUAAAUUUGAUGACAAAAUUAGUGCAGUAAGGAAUAAUUUCUUAUAGCUUUGUGUUUACUGUUUAGUGUUUUGAGUUAUUAUGUAAUUUUUAAGUAUGGUAGUUAUUAUGUAAAAUGAUUAUUUAUAAAAUGAAAACUACAUAUAAAAUGGUAAAAAGCAAAUAAUUAUGACCCCCUAGCCUGCGUAGCAGGCGUUUAGUGCGGGCGGGAGAAGAAAGGGCGUCGUUAAAUAAACGCCUGCCCAAAUGCCUAUGAUUAAUUUGUUCUUCUCCGAAGAAUCUUCGGAAAAGCUUCCUAUUGGUUAAUCUCGUUAACGGAAAUAAUUACGUAACUCAAAUGUCAACAAUAAUUUUGAUCGCGUUUAUAGUCGCGUAUCAAAAAUAUGCCGCCUGUUACUGCGAUUUUUAGUUGAGUAUGGAAUUACGAAAGUUUGUUCGUAGAGUUUGUUCGUUAACUUUUGUCGUUUGAAAACAAUGUUUGUGACGUCAUUCUAUAAUGUUACCAGGCGAGCACACAAUGUUGUCAAGUAAAAACCGUUAAAAACUGUCAAUCAUUACAAAACGAAAUAAUUUCUAUUUAUAGUCGUGAACUUGGCAGUAUUUUACUUGACAACAUUGUCAGCUCGUCUAGCAACAACAUAGAAUGAUGCCACAAACAUUGUUUUCAAACGACAAAACUUGACGAACAAAUUUUCGCAAUUCCAUACUCAACUGGAAAUCGCAGUAAUACUUUCGUAUUUAGUUUCUUAGUAUUUAGGCUUCGAAAUUCAGUUGAACCAGAACAGAGAAAGUAUAUUAUUAAUUUGCUACGUGGUGAAGACGCCGGUUCUCGCGAUUCUUCCUAAGGAAUACGGAAAAGUUUGAUCUUUCAAUUAUACAUUCUAAAUAUAUCCUGAAUAUUUCUUUAAUAUAGUUGUCUUGUUAUUUGUUCACUUAAAAUAUUAAAGUAUAAUUCAAGACCAGAUAGUUGAGGCUAUAUCACUUGGCAUUGCAGCUAUGAGGUUGAAUGAUGAUUUUAAGAAUAACAUUUCAAAACAUGCUCAACUGUUAUAUUUGCUAUACGGCAGAAUACGUUAAACAACCGUGGUUCAGGAGUCUUUUAAAAGAUAAAAGCUCUGUGCACGUUGUGACUGACUGUUGUCUAAAAUAGCUUCAAAAACUCACUAAUAAUUCAUGAGGAAAACACAAAGAAAAAUCAUAAACGUGUCGUAUCCUUGAUAUGUGAUAGAGAUUUCCCUUGAUUUACAUAAAUUUUAAUGAUUGUCUCUACAUAUACACACCGAAUUUUUUGAAAGCUACAUCGCCAAUGAACAUAUACUAGAUCGAUCGUUUUUGAAGCAAUUUAAAACAUUCGCAGUGCGUGUAUUAUCAGACCAUCUUUAUAUCUGAUAAAACACUGCUGCUCGUGUUUUAAAUAGUGCAUAAAAUCUCCGCAAAUCUCCGUAGUUGCCGAGCAAAAAGCAUGCAUGAUGCUAAAUAUAAAUCUCGACUAUGAUUGGAUAAUGGGUAAAGGUGCUAAUUACAAAACGUCAAUCAUCCUUAAUGGGCGAAAACAAAUUUGUCAUAGCCAAUUUGGGCAAGCGUUCCCUCUGUACCCGCCCGUCAGCUAAACGCCUGCUACGCAGGCUAAUGACCCGCUGGAGACUCGCGAUUUCAAGUUAAAUUUUGGGGAGCAUAGAGUGUAUAACAGGCCCCUUUUUUGCAGAUUAUCUGUGCUAUAUAGUGAAUAGAUGCCUCAGAGGUCUGUAAUCACUUUCAGUGAAAAACAACAUUAUGAACCUGAUCAUCCAUCCCCUUCUAGGUCAAUCUGUUCUAAUUUUACCGGAAAACCUUGCUAGGCCGCUAAUCGUUACUAUAUACCCUAUAUCGUUACGAUGGCCGUUAUCUAAAGUCCCGUUCAAGACAGUAAUAGGUAUACAACGAUGUUGGACAAUGUUGGAUGAAAAUUUUUAAAAGUCAAAUCCUAUCCAACUGCUGUCAACAUUACAUAGUGUUCAAACGAGGCCAACAAUGUUGCCUUCAAUAAUGUUGAAUGAUGUUGAAUCAACAUGUUGGGCUCACUCGCCUCGGGCGGACCUUAAAGCUAAGAUGAAGUCCUUAUAUGAGUUGCGUGGUUCAUUCAGCAUUUAGUUAUUUACUGCACUAACUAAAGCGAGUUAAUUUGCUCGUAUCCAGUAAUCAACUUGAAUUGAAUACCCGUCCUUCAUACAUUAGCCCCUGGUAUAAGCUUUUUAGUCAUCCAUUGAAAACGCGAUUAUAUUUCCAGGUUAACAACAAAGGCAAGUUUGUUGUGGUUCAAAUUGAAGUGCUGAAACCUAAAGACCAGUUUGUAAGUAAUAACUCACUAAAAAUACAUGCAGUAAGCGCCUUAAUUUGCACCAGGAGCAGUUGUGAGAAAUGAAUGCAGCUAUGGGUUCUUCUGCAAGAAUUAAACCUGCAGCACUACAAUGUUGAAAUGCCUAAUAAUAAUUACGUAUACAGUUUUUGCUCCAAAUAACAUGCAUGCACCAAUCACUGUAUCAUGAUUCAAUACCCAUGACAAACGCACAAACUUUUCUAAUUCAUGACAUUCUCAUUCAUAUAGGGUCUAUCUUCGUUGUUGUUUGACUCAAAAUCUGUUGCAUGCCAUCUGGUAAGUUUACCACUCUGCAUGCAUGUAUGCAUUCACAACAACAAAUAUAAUAGAAACACCUAUGGAAGUAGUGUAAUAAUUCAUGAAAGAUUAUAGAUUAAAACGGUGGACAUAAUUAUCUAAAACGGUGCCAUGGUUAUGUGGGUGUGCCCUAAAUCAGUAUAUUUAUGUUUCUUCUACGUACGCUCUUUAAAAUAAUUUUAAUAAAACCAUGAAAUAUAAAUAAAAUCCAAGCUUUUGACUAAUUAUCCAUCAUCAGAGUUCGACAUAUUGGACUGUAUAGAGUAUAUAUUUACAGACAAAAGUUAUACACUUAUGCAUUAUAAUUGUGUUUUGCCUUAAUUUAUCCAAGGUAAGCAAUGGUGGGGAGUGCAUCCUCAUAUCAAAAGAAUGGUUAUUGACUCACGCCAGUGAGACAACGCUGAGAAAUAUGAGAGCUCAGGUACGUCGUAUUUAAAAGAGCCUUACGGCCGUUUUCCACUAGGCGGAAUUUUGCGCGCGAGGCCGAAUUUCUCUUUGUCUUUUCUAAUCAGUUCCACCCGAGAAAUCACAAGACAAAGAAAAAUUCCGCUUCACGGGCAAAAUUCCGCCUAGUGGAAAACAGCCUUUAGAGGAGUGGAGGAGUAGAGGAGGUGAAUAGUAUCAGGUUGCCCUAUAGGAUACAACAGGCAUAUUAUCUUAAGCAGGCAGGCAAUUAAAACACCUGCAGGCUAGAUGCGUCCUAGACCUAUAGUAUAGUAAAUUAUAAUAUAUAUAUUGGACGACGCUGGCUGGUUUAACGCGCAAUGUCUUGAAAAUUGAUAGGAGUAAAGCAAAUGAUAUGGCAAACAGCAGUAAGUUCAAAAAUCUGUUCACAACGUGCAUGGCAGAAAAUGACGACAGAGCAGAUUGAAGAGACCCUUCGCUUUUAUGCGGAAUCCGAAACAAUAGUGGAGUAAAACUACAGUCAACCACGCACGGACGCAGAGAAUAGCUUGGGAACGAGGCUUAACUACAGCAAAUCAAUCUGUUUAUCAUUGUCGACUACUUUCGAACAUUUUUGAAAGUUUUUAUUCCCCUGCCAUCCAUAAUGUUUGUUGAGUUGCACGUUUUUCUUUGCAAGUAAUGUAACUGAUAAUAUGUUACUAAUGUUAGGAGAAACAAAAUUGUCUGAGUGUCCUUAUAUCUUUUUUUAUAUCAUAAACUAGCAAAUAGAAAAAUUCCCCCACUUAAUUCUCACAUGCAUGGGGUUUCUGCUAUAUAAAAUAGGCGUUAUAGUUAUAUGCUGAGUUUUCUGUAAAUUAUAUGCAAUUCCUCCCCCCACCCCCCACCCCUGGCAAAUAAUACAAAAUAUUCUUGAAUUACCCUAAAAAUUUCUGUGUUAAAAUCUGAAAAUUUCUGUGUUCCUUGUCAAAAUUUUCUAGAUUCCUCCAUACCCAAGUCAAGAAUCGUUACAACAGCGUUUGGUAGAUCAAGCCAACUGGAAAUUCUAUAAAAGUCGAACCCUUAAUGAUAUUUUACAAACGUAGAAAAAAUGUUAAUAAUGGAUUCUGUAAAUAAACAAAGUAU